GUUCUACUAAUAAUUUUUCUCUGCUCCUGCAGUUGAUAAAAAUUAGCUAUGCUCUCCAAGAUUCCUGCUGUUGAACGUCUAAGUGCAAGAAUAAUUCGCAUCCUAGGAUGCAACCCCGGGCCUAUGACCUUGCAAGGAACCAACACAUAUUUAGUUGGAACAGGCAAGAGGAGACUCCUUGUUGAUGCUGGAGAACAAGACAACAAGGCCUACAUCUCAUCACUAAUCAAUGUACUGAAGGAACAGGAGGCGGAAAUCAGUGAUGUCAUCAUCACUCACUGGCAUCAGGAUCAUCUAGGAGGCUUGUGUGAUGUUCUUAAUGCUACAAACAAGUCUGCUUUGGUUCAUCAAUUCCCAUAUCCUGAUACAGCUCCCUAUGACCCUCUUCCUGACUGGGUUAAUUUGAAGGCCUUAAAUCACCUUGAUCAAGUAUCAGUACCUGGGGCUACUCUAAGAGUUCACUAUACUCCAGGACACACCCCAGACCACGUAUGCCUGGAGGUGGUGGGUGGAGAAGAUGAUGGAGCCUUGUUUACUGGCGACUGUGUACUGGGUGAGAGCACUGCAGUCUUUGAAGACCUUUACGACUACAUGAACUCUCUGAAGAUUCUGCUGAGCGUGUCUAAAGGAACUCUGUACCCUGGACACGGUGAAGUUAUCACUAACGGCGCUGAGAGAGUCCAGCAAUACAUAGACCACAGAAAUGCCAGGGAGCAGCAGAUCUUUGAGACUCUUCUUGCGAUGCCGAACAGCACGAGCACAGCAUCGGAGCUCGUUAAAAUAGUCUACAAGGAUACACCGUCUCGGUUGCACAUGGCUGCAGAGUGCAACUUGAGGCUACAUCUUGGGAAGCUUGUAAAGGAUGGAAGAGUCAGAUGUAUAGACGACACAUUUUCUGUCGUGGCGUCUAACAAGCUUUAAGUCAUCUCUGCUUCUGGGUUCCGAUAUUUUCAGGCUUAUCCUAGCUCUAGUAAAAGUCUUCAAAGCUCUGUUUGUUUCUAGUAUUGAAAUUUCUUCAUCUGUACCAUUAACGCUGACUUUUAAUUGCAAAAAUGAUAUAUUAUUAUUACUUUCGAUAUAUCUUCACUGAAAGUUUCAAUGAUUUGGCCCCUAUUAGUAUAUUUUUAGUGCUAAAUCUUGAAUUUAAAAAAAAAAUGGCAUUUAAAAACGGUAAUGGCAAAAAGGUAAAUUUUCAUGCUAUUCUGGUAGAUUUUUUUACGUUACGGAAGACUUGCCGUUAUGAUAUAAAAUGAAUUUUUGCCUGUGCUUAAUGUGUCGCAUUUGUGUUGAAAACUUUGUACUAUAUGACCUCAAUUAGUGUUGUGCAUUAUCUGUCGUCGAAUAAUUGUUAAUAUUGCCAAAUUAUUUAAAUCUACUUAAUCAAUUUAGCAGAUUUAAUAUAUUUUUAGACUGGAAACAGAACAGUGAUGCCCAAAAUUCUUUUUUGGUAUCUUUUUUGUUUAUGUACCUACAUACCUAUAUAUAUCUUUAGCCUUUUGUUGACUAUGUUGUUGCGCAAAGACUAUAUUUCAUAUUUUGGAAGUUUUGA